AUGGGUUUCACCGACUUUGUCUCUGAUGCCGGCCUGACUCUGGCCAACCACUUCCUGUCCACUCGUUCUUACGUUGUUGGCUCCUCCCCCAGCCAGGCCGAUGUCGUGACCUUCAAGGCCUUCAGCGCCGCCCCCGACGCUGAGAAGUACCCCCACGCCGCCCGCUGGUACAAGCACAUCGCCUCUUACGAGAGCGAAUUCUCCGCUCUCCCCGGUGACUCCUCCAAGGCUUUCACCGCCUACGGACCCGAGACCACUGAGCUUGCUUCCAACCCCAAGGACAAGCCCGAGGAGGAGGAUGACGAUGAGGACCUCUUCGGCUCCGACUCUGAGGAGGAGGACGCCGCCGUUGUUGCCGAGCGCAACAAGCGUCUCGAGGACUACAAGGCCAAGAAGGCCCUGAAGACCAAGCCCGCUGCCAAGUCCCUUGUCACCAUGGAGGUUAAGCCCUGGGAUGACGAGACCAACCUUGAGGAGAUGGAGGCUCACGUCCGCUCCAUUGAGCAGGACGGCCUCGUCUGGGGUGCCUCCAAGUGGGUUCCCGUCGGUUUCGGUAUUAAGAAGCUCCAGAUCAACCUGGUCGUUGAGGACGACAAGGUCUCCACCGAUGAGCUCCAGGGCCAGAUUGAGGAGUUCGAGGACCACGUCCAGUCCACCGAUAUCGCUGCCAUGCAGAAGCUGUAA